GUGUGACCAGCCAUUGCGUUGGGACUGAGCUGGCAUGGCGUUCACCGGGUUCUAUUUUAUUUUUAUAGCAGCACUUUUACCACGUGUAUUCUUAGCAUUACCUCUGAACAGUCUAAACACGGACUUGUAUGGUGUUGGCAUCGAUGGUAUCCCCCAGCAAUAUGCUGCAACGGUAGACCAAAAUGAUGCCAUUACAGAUCACGCGAUAGUUCAUCCAUGGUACCUGGAUCGGCAACCACCAGAUGGCGGAGAUGCGAACAAGGCAGUGGAAUAUAUGUUUAGUGCUUUCGAUGAAGAAUUCCAUCUCAUCUUGGAACCUGCGUAUGAUUUCUUCACCGAUUCUCUAGUUAUCCAGUACUCUUGGGCGAACACGUCUUUGCUUCUACCGCCCACACAGUACUGUUACUACCAGGGAGUUUCCAACAAUCAUAACGGCUCCAAGGCCUAUGCAAACACUUGUGCGGGUGGCUUGUCUGCAUUGGUGCUCACUGAAGAUGCUCACUACUUUGUCCAGCCAAUAGAUGACGAGAACUCGCUGAAGUACGAGGCUGAUGACGAGAACUCGCUGAAGUACGAGGCUGAUGACGAGAACUCGCUGAAGUACGAGGCUGAUGACGGAGAACCGCCCGCACACGUUAUGCACAAAAGGAGUGCUUCCCAGUUGGUUUGUGGAGUCGAAGACGAAACGACAGGUCACCAUAGUAGAGGAAAACGUUAUGCGAACACCGUGACCCAAAAAACAAAACACCUCGAAGUUGUCAUCGUUGCAGACGAGAUCUUGCGGAGACAGCAUGGCGCAGAUACGGAAUACUAUAUACUGAGCACGUUCAAUCAGGUGUAUGCCUUGUUUAAAGACUCUACUUUAGGCGUGGAUUUGAAACUCAAUGUUAAACGCAUUCGGAUACUGGAAGAGGCCCAGGAAGACCUUCACUUGGAAAACGUCCAGACAAGUUUACAACGAUUCUGUGCAUGGGAAUGGCAACGUAGACUCGAUACUGACAUCUCCAUCCUUAUAACAGGACGAAAUAUGGGGUUUGGAAAUCAAUAUGACGUCACUGGUAACGCGAUGGGCAUUGGUUCAGCUUGCAAUCCAGACAAACGAUGUGUCAUCGCAGAGGAUCAUGGUCCAAGUGGUCUGGUGUUCACACUGGCACAUGAAAUAGCGCACACUUUGGGAAUCUAUCAUGAUGGCGAACUAUCUCGUUGUGCGAAUGAUGGCUAUAUCAUGUCUCCUACUAACUCUGGUGGAAAGAGGGCUUUCCAGUGGUCAAGAUGCAGCAGAAACGACAUUUUUAACUGGCUUGAGUCACCCGGAGCAAGUUGUUUGGACAACGUCCCGCCGUCAACACCAGGGUAUUUCUUGAGUCGAGUGCCACUUCCUGGACAUUAUUACGAUGCGGAUUAUCAGUGCAGUGCAAUUUGGCACGAUGCCGGUGCCACAGUUGCAGAACCCGUCAAAAAUUCAAAGGAUAUCUGUGAAGAACUAUAUUGUGACUAUGCAACAUUCAACAUGGUAUCCAAUCACAUACCACCAUUAGAUGGCACUUCUUGUGGAAUUCAUCGGGCGUGCAUCAGGGGAUGGUGUAUGAAUUUAUACAGUACACGAGACUGUGGUGAACAAGCCUGCCCUGCCACAUUUUACGAAUCUGAAUGGGAAACGUGUAAUCCCAAUGCUGAACAAAACCCAUGCAUCCAAAGUAGGCUGGUCCAGUGUGGGGAACUUCACAAUGAUGGUUCAUUUGUUGCACUGGAAAUUAGUGAUUGCAUUGCAGGAGGAGAGGAGCUACCUGUAUCUCAGCGGUGUUGUUGUACAACAGGAUCCUGUACUGUAGCCUCACCAACAACUGAAAGAUACCAAUGGCUUGCAAGUGACUUUAGUUCAUCGUGUACUCCGAACUGUGGAGUAAACAGUGUGCACACGCGUAUUGUUUCUUGCUAUGACAGCGUGUUGAAUGUACCAACUGAUGUGGAAGUUCUUUGUGAUUCUUCUAGCAAACCAAGCGAUACUACUCCCUGCACUACCUGUUAUCUGUGGGAGGCCAGUGCCUUUGGUAGUUGUUCAGCGACAUGUGGUACUAACGUUAUUCAGACUCGCACUGUCACUUGUAAAGAUGGCAUUUCUGGGCAAGUACUUAGCGACAGUCUUUGUGAUGCUGCUUCUAAGCCCAGUGAUGUACAGUUAUGUACAAACUUACCUGCAUGCCCAACUACUUCAAGGUACGCAUGGAUCAUUGGAGGUUUUGGAGAGUGCAGUGUUUCUUGUGGUGGGGGAUCACGAUCCAGAUCUGUUGCAUGUUUCGAUAACCAAGUACAAGGUGUUGUACUAGAUGAUCUGUGCAUCACCAAUGUUGGGGUGAAACCUCAAACUGAAUUUGAGGCGUGUAACCAACAAUCCUGUGAAAUUCAAGCGUAUCAAUACGAAUAUGGAACCUGGGGAAUUUGUUCACAAACGUGCGGUACCGGUAUCCAGGCUAGAAGUAUCACUUGUAAGCGAAUUGCAGACUCUGUUGUUGUACCAGAAUCAAAUUGCGUAGACCAAGGUUUAAUCCGAGAUUCUGCAACUCAGACCUGUAAUAUGGGUGACUGUCCCGGCACAACGUUCUACGAGUAUUACACAACCCAGUGGGGCACUUGUUCACUUACAUGUGGUGGUGGUACUCAGUCGCGAACUAUUUACUGUGCAGUAGCGGGUACCAAUGGACAAUCUUCAGCCGCUGAGUCAAACUGUCUGCAGCAAGGUUUAGUUAAACCCAGUGAUGCACAAUUUUGCAAUACACAGUCGUGCACAACCUCCACUUAUGAAUACAGAAGUCUAAAUUGGCAGCCGUGUACUGUCACAUGUGGAGGUGGUACUCAGACAAGGUUUGCCUACUGUGCAUUUGUUGGAACUACGAAUGGUGUCCCAGAAUCAUUUUGUGAGGAUCAAGGGCUGACGAAACCCUCUGAAACACAAAGCUGUAACACUGAAGCGUGUUCAACAAACACGUAUGAAUACUUCACAACCAGCUUUGGUUCGUGUACUGUGUCAUGUGGUGGUGGAACACAGAGUAGAACAGUAUAUUGUGCUGUUGCUGGGACCAAUGGUGCCAUGGGUGCCCAAGAAAUUUCUUGUGAAACACAAGGUCUUACCAAACCAACUAAUGUACAGAGUUGCAAUACACAGGCCUGCCAAACAACUGUAUAUGAAUUCUACACAGGUGAUUUUGGAUCUUGUUCAUUGUCCUGUAAUGGUGGUGUUCAAACUCGAACGGUGUACUGUGCAGUUGCUGGAACCAAUGGUGGUACUGGUGCUCAAGAAAGUUCUUGUUUAAAUCAAGGUCUUACCAAACCAUCUGAUAUACAGAGUUGUAAUACACAGCCAUGCCAGACAUUCACGUAUGAAUACUUCGCUGGAAAUUGGGGUGUUUGCACUGCAACAUGUGGCGUUGGUACUCAGUCACGAGAUGUUUUCUGCAUUAGAAUUCCUGAAAAUAGCAUAGUCGAUAAUUCUUUCUGUGUAAAUGCUGUAGCGCCGCCUUCCGAGCAAAUUUGUCCCAAUUUACCAACUUGUGAAACGACGUUGUUUGAAUACUUUACUGGAGAUUAUGGUACUUGCUCAGUGUCAUGUGGUGGUGGAAGCCAAACUCGGAUUGUCUACUGUCGUGCAGUAGGAACAACAACAGAGGUUGGUGAUGCUCUGUGCACACAACAAGGACUCAACAAGCCUUCCACUUCACAAUCCUGUGGACUUGGUACCUGUCCAAAUUAUCAGUUCAUCACGGGGUCUUGGAAUGAUUGCCCAGUGACGUGUGGAUCAGGGACACAGACAAGGACAGUAAACUGCAUAAACUUGACGACAAAUGAACUAGUUGACAAUUCAGUUUGUCUUAAUUUAGGCAUGACACUUCCUGAGAAUACGCAGUCAUGCCCAGAUCUCCCAUCUUGUUCUAGUUAUGAAUUUGUUACUGGUCAGUGGGAUGCUUGCCCAGUGACGUGUGGAUCAGGGACACAGACAAGGACAGUAAACUGCAUAAACUUGACGACAAAUGAACUAUUUGACAAUUCAGUUUGUCUUAAUUUAGGCAUGACACUUCCUGAGAAUACGCAGUCAUGCCCAGAUCUCCCAUCUUGUUCUAGUUAUGAGUUUGUUACUGAUCAGUGGGAUGCUUGUACAGUGUCAUGUGGUGGUGGUGGAAGCCAGACUCGAAGUGUAUAUUGUCGCAUUGUGGGAACUACUACGCAAGUUGAAGAUUCUCUGUGCACACAACAAGGACUCAACAAGCCUCCCACUUCACAAUCCUGUGGACUUGGUACCUGUCCAAAUUAUCAGUUCAUCCCAGGAACUUGGAACAAUUGCCCAGUGACGUGUGGAUCAGGGACACAGACAAGGACAGUAAACUGCAUAAACUUGACGACAAAUGAACUAGUUGACAAUUCAGUUUGUCUUAAUUUAGGCAUGACACUUCCUGAGAAUACGCAGUCAUGCCCAGAUCUUCCAUCUUGUUCUAGUUAUGAGUUUGUUACUGAUGAGUGGGAUGCUUGUCCAGUGACGUGUGGCUCUGGAAUACAGACCAGGACUGUCUCGUGUUAUGACACUGUAUCAAAUGGUAUUGUAGCUGAUUCUAUGUGUACUAAUUUAGGCCAAACAAAGCCAGCUACGCAGCAAGCUUGUCCAGGACUCAACCCUUGUCCUACUUAUGUAUACCAAUCAGGGAACUGGGCAGGAUGUUCAGCAUCAUGUGGUGGAGGUACCCAGACACGCACUGUGACUUGCAUUGAUUCUACUUCGGGUACAGCUGUCAUUGAAAGUUUCUGUGCUGGACAGACAAAGCCAUCCACAGUUGGCUCUUGUAAUACGCAAGCAUGUGAUGGUAGUACUGUAUUAUAUCGAUGGUCUGUUAGUCAGUGGAGCGAAUGCAGCACCACAUGCGGUGAUGGACAACAGACGAGAGAAACCAGAUGCUUCUCUGUGAAUGGAAAAAUAGAAGAAGUUUUAGAGUCUUUGUGUAUAGCAGGUGAUCGGCCAGAAACUGUCCAAUCUUGUAAUCUUGGUCGUUGUGAUGGUCUGUGGACAGCUGCGCCAUGGUCAUCCUGUUCAGUGACCUGUGGAAUUGGAACCCAUUCACGUUAUGUUUACUGUGCACUUGCUAGCAGUGGUGACAUUGUAUCAACCGCUGAGUGUAGCGAAAUACCACCAGCUACAUACGAACUAUGCGAUACUGAGGUAGACUGUGGAUUAUAUCGAUGGUCUGUUAGUCAGUGGAGUGAAUGCAGCACCACAUGCGGUAAUGGACAACAGACGAGAGAAACCAGAUGCUUCUCUGUGAAUGGAAAGAUAGAAGAAGUUUUAGAGUCUUUGUGUAUAGCAGGUGAUCGGCCAGAAACUGUCCAAUCUUGUAAUCUUGGUCGUUGUGAUGGUCUGUGGACAGCUGCGCCAUGGUCAUCCUGUUCUGUAUCGUGUGAUUGUGGUCUGCAAACUAGGGAUGUGGCCUGUCGUUUGACUAAGGAAGAUGAUGAAAUCCUUGAGGAGGAAAGUUGUGUUGCAUCAGCCAAACCCACUGAGGAAAGGGGGUGCAAUACAGGACCAUGUCCAUUGACCUUUGACUGUGGGGAUACAUAUACCACAGAAACUGGUGUUCUUUCAUCACCCAACUAUCCUGCGAAUUAUCCCCGUGACAUUGAAUGUGAUAAGACUGUGGACUAUACACUUAAGACUGAUGGGUUUCACAUUGAGAUUGAUUUCUUAGAUUUUCAACUGGAAGGCAAUACAACUGAUGGUGAUUGUUUAUAUGAUUAUGUAGAGGUUUAUGACAUAGAAUAUAACGUAUCAGAAAGAUACUGCGGUGAAUUUGAAGAACUUCCGAUGAAGAAGGUCUACCAAGGAAAUUCUGUUAGAGUCCGUUUUGUUUCAGAUGUCUCAGUUGAAAAUAAAGGCUUCCUUGCCAACUGGAAUUAUGUGUCUGAUGAUCAGCCCUUCUACGAGGCAUCUGAAUGGUCUGAGUGUUCAGUGAACUGUGGCACUGGGGAAGAAACUCGGGAUAUAACCUGUAUGCAGGGGGAUGAUAUUGUUGCUGACUCGGAAUGCAAUGGUUUGGACAGACCUGAAUCCACGCGAGAAUGUACAGGUGCCGUUCCCAACUGCCCACCCCCAACUGAUGUAUGUGGUGAUGUGUUGGAUUCAUCUGGCUUAGAUGUCUAUUCUAGAGGAUAUCCAGCUAACUACAUUAACGGUGAUAAUUGUAUAACGACCAUUAUCAACUCUGGUGGAUGUGUUAAGAUUACAUUCAACUAUCUGCAUGUACAAGAAAGCCCAGAGUGUCAACAUGAUUAUAUUGAGAUUCAAGAUUUGAACUUUGGCACCCUAACAAAGCGAUACUGUGGAAAUCUUGAUAAUAAUCUUGUAUGGCAGUCUGGAUCAGGAAUGGUUCGAGUAACAUUUCACAGUGAUAAUACUGUGGAUGGUAAAGGAUUCACUGCGACUGCUGAUUUCUGUGAUGCUGAAUGUGGUGGAGGUACGAAGGUGCGUGAUGUUGUAUGUAUUAGUACUGGUAAUAGUCAGGAGGUACCUGAUAAUGAAUGUGUCGGAUUAAGACCAAUGGAAAGUGAACCAUGCAAUGAACACCAAUGUCCACCCUCAGAUUGUGAUACAAGUAUUUCAGAGUCCGGUGCUUACAUCCAGUCCUUCGGUUACCCAGACAACAAUUAUCUUGCUAACCAAGAUUGUAUUGCUCGUAUCACCAAUGAUGUUGGAUGCAUUAGAAUAGCAUUCCUUGAUUUUGCAUUGGAAGCUGGCUCUACAUCCGAUCUUUGCGACAAUGAUUAUUUAGAGGUAAUUGAUGGCAAUAACCCAAUGACACAGAUAAAUACUGUGGAGAUGAAAGCAUACCUGCUCCAUGGGAAUCGCAAAGUGGAUCAGUCACUGUGAAAUUCCACAGUAAUGAAGCUAAUACAGAGAGAGGUUACUGGUUAUAUGUCACAUUCAAACAGUGUCGUACAUUUAUGUGGAAUACCGCCGGCUGGUCUGAUUGUGAUGUAUCAUGCGGUGGUGGUCAAAUGUCGCGUGUCGUCACCUGUACUCAGUCUGGUGUUGUGGUUUCUGAUGAUCUUUGCAACGCUCCAAAG